GCAGUUUUCCGGUCAUGAGACUGUCCCCCCUGGUGCAUGCUGGGAAAUGUAUUCCUCGGUCGCUCAUUUCCCAUUUGUUCUUCUCUGUAGUAGAGCAGGAUGAAACUCUACCUCCCACCGACACCGCCGCUCUGUUCGCUCAUUACUUCGUUUCCACAGUGAACAAGACAGAAAUGUCAGAUUUGUUAGGUUUGUGUGACUUACCCCGGGUCAGCUGUAGUUUGAGCGGAAUGUAGUUUAUUUAUAGUAGAAACACGUCUUAGUAUCAGUGCGGUGAGUAAAGACGAUGGUUUCUGUCAGGGAGGUCUGUAUAGCUGUUCACGGCUAGUUCCUAAGUUAGCUCUCAGAAGAUGGAAGCUAGUUCUCUAGCCAUGGAUAACCCACACUAACACAAGCUCACUUCGUGUUAAUUAAUAACCCAGCCUGCAUCAGAUGCUUCGCUGUAAACCUGCCUAUUAGCUAGCGAGCAUAUCUUCAGAGUAAAGAUGGAAGAAGUGGACAAAAUCCUGAUUCACGCCCUCAAACAAGUCGGCACAGAGGUGAGUGAGGAGGUGGGCAGUGUCAAACACUUCACCAGUGAGCUGAUCGUGGAAGCGGUGGUCCGAUGUAUCCGGGUGAUAAACCCCGGCCUGGGCGGCGGGCUGCCCACCUCUCUCCCUCCAGGCAUGUCCGCCCGCUUCAGGGUGGGUAUGAGCCUCGCACAAGCCUGCCAGGACAUCGGUUACAAAGGAGAGACCGGCUACCAGACGUUCCUGUACAGCAAUGAGCCUGAGAUCCGCUCCCUGCUCAUGUUCCUGGUGGAGAAGCUGCCUCGAGAAAGUGCAGAGACCUCAGACCAGCCAACAGGUAAAUCGGUGGUCCUCCAGAGAUCCAUCGCUGCUGCCAUCAAAGCCCAGCUGUCCGUGCCCUGGCUCCCUCCAAACUGCAGACUGCCUCUGAACUGUGAAACACAAAGUCCGGGAGAAUUGCACCGCUUCCACGUCCAGCCGCUGAGUUUAGCACACUGCACUAAAGGUCCCGGAAAGAAGCAGAUGAAAGAGGUGAAAGACUACCAGCGGGACAUUCUUCCUCCUGUAACCACCCAGCCUUCCCAUCACGCCUCAGUGGUGGCGUCCAUACUGGAGCAGCACACGGCCGAGCUGAGUGCUGCUCAGGAGUGGGACAACGAGUGGAACAGUCAGGGACUCCUGUCCCGCCUCACACCACAGGAGUAUCGCUCCAGGAAACUUGCCCGGCUGCGUAAACGUAUCGAGGAGCAGCUGCGCUCCGCUGCACUGCCCUCUCCUGAAAGUGCCUUUGGUGGUCCCUGCUCCACGUCUGACCUGUCCGAGCUGCUGCAGGCCUUCAGAGGCUCCGCCCCCUCUGACCACAUCCUGACCAAGGGCACCCACUUUACCCACACGCAGAAGUUCACUUUCACACAGGAGGCAGCACCAGUAACCGCCCCCCUCCCCGUUGGGCCUCAGUCAGAGAGUGAGAUCCAGCUCCGGCAGCAAGAGGAGCUGACUUCUCUUCAGCAGCAGUUUCAGCAGCUCUGCAGUGACGUUGAUCAGCUCGCAGCGGACCUGAAGCACAUGAGUGUCACUAACACACAGGUGUUGGACGAGCUGAAGCAGAGGGAGCUGGGAAACUCUGAAAGAGACGAGAAGAUGCAGGUGAAGAAGAAAACUGUCGACCUUCUGCCCGAAGCAGACGAAAACCUUUUGAAGCUUCAGGCUCUGGUCGAGGCCAGUGCCAAGCGUGUGGUGAACCUGGCCUCUCAGUGGGAGAAGCAUCGAGCUCCACUCAUCGACGAACAUCGCAGACUCAAGGAAAUCUGCAGCAACCAGGAUAUGGAGUCGUCCAGGAAGCUCACAGAAAUCAAGUCUCUGCACGACAAAAUCCGUGUGUCCACAGAGGAGGCCAAGAAGAAGGAGGAAAUAUACAAACAGCUGGUAACAGAGUUAGAAAACCUUCCUCAGGAUGCGUCUCGGUCUGCGUACACUCAGAGGAUUCUUGAGAUCGUCGGCAACAUCAAGAAGCAGAAAGAGGAGAUUACUAAGAUUUUAUCAGACACUAAAGAGCUCCAGAAAGAAAUCAACAACCUGACGGGGAAACUGGACCGGACUUUCGCUGUGACCGAUGAGCUCGUCUUCAAGGACGCCAAAAAAGAUGAAUCCGUUCGUAAGUCCUACAAGUACUUGGCUGCCCUGCAUGAAAACUGUAAUCAGCUGAUCCAAACCAUCGAGGACACCGGUACAAUCCUGAGGGAGAUCCGAGAUCUGGAGGAGCAGAUUGAGACAGAAAACAAUAACAAGACGGUGGCCAACCUGGAGAGGAUUCUGGACGACUACAAGGCGAUCCGACAGGAGAACUCUGCGCUUGCUGCCAAAGUGAGAGAAGGCUGAAGGAAGCUGGAUUUCUCUCCACUCUGCCUGCUGAGGCUGAAUGAACCCGGAGCCGCAGACGGACCUGAAACAGCACUCCAGCUUUCACUACGAAGAGACAGCUGUUCAUUAACACCACCCUCUGUUAUCAUUGGAGACCAAGCUGUUUUCUGUACCAUGGAACUAACCUGGCAUUUAAUGCACAAGCUGAAUGGAUGGGUCAGACUGAGUGCUGUGGCUGGACUCGUGGCUCCCUGAGGGUCCUCAUGCUGGUUUGAUCGCUCUCUACCUGAAUGAAACACAACACUGGACAGCAGAGGGCGCUGUCAGACCUUUUCUCUUCAAAUGUAAAGUCAUUCAUAUCAAUGUAUAAAAUGUUUUCAUAAGAUAUCUUGAUUAAAUUUAAACCUUUGAAUUUUUAAUACAGGAAUUAGUCCACCAUUUUCAGACAUUAGCCAGUCUCUUUGUGGUCAUGAUUCUAUUUGAACCGAGUAUGUUGAGUGAAUGGCCUUUUGAAUGUAAUCAUUAACAAUGUUGUCCAGCCCCAUCAGCAAAGUAUUGUUGUAUAUAUGGUACCAGCUUAAAUAAAGAUGCCUUACAAACUUGAA